GGACUUUUCCCUCCAGUCCUCCCAACAGAGAAGGAAGUGUGAGAGAGCUGGUUCAGGUCUUCGCUUCUUCACAGCUGAAAAUCCUCUUCACGGGUCUCACCCUGAGGACCCCGAAUUGAUUCCCCCUGUGGAGAUUUAACCGCUUUGAGGAACUGUUUCCUGCUGUUGUCAUUUUGAGUCUGUUUACUCGUGGGUGGAUCUCCGCCGAACCAUCAACAUGUCUGUCACAUCUCAGAAGUCGUCGACAACUUACCGGACCGUGAAGGUGGCAUCACCGGAGACGGUGACCAACACGGUGAUCUCAACCGGGUCGGUGUCCCCGAUGCAGUACACGCUGAACGGCAACUAUGAGACGGUGAGGUACCUGGUCCCGGUGCAACAGGCCAUGCAGCAGCCGUCCUAUGUAUUCAUGCAGCAGCCUAUGAUGCAGCAGCCUAUGAUGCAGCAGAUGGUGUCCCCGGUCUACCUGCACAGUAUGCCGCACCUGAGCGUCAGCAGCCAGGAGUCCUCGGACCUGAUGUUCCAGCAGAGGAGCACCCGGGAGGUGAGCCCCAAGUUCAGCCUCAAAACCCCACUUUUUAUAAGUGAAACUGCAACCCAACCUUUAGAUGUGAAACUUCCCAAUUUCUUUAAAGUAAUAAAACUUAAGGAAAGAGUUAAAUCCUCUGAGAUGAACUUACAAAACAUCAAUGUUGACGGACAACCCCUGUGGAGACUAAAGAAUGUUGUUUACUGACCAAAACAGGCACCCAAACUGUCUUUACCAACUUUGUCCUUCAAAAUUUAUCACCUACUUUACAACCACAACGACAGCUUCUCACACCACCUUUAUGAACAGCACUAACAUUGAAUUAAUACAGUGUAGAGAUGUAAACAUAAUGUUUAGUUACUAAAUAUGUAAAAUAAAGAAGUAUAGCCUUAUAAAACCUCUUAAAUGGUCCUAUAACGAGAACAUAGUUUUGAAAGCGUAACUGCAGUGCAAGCAGCCAUUCAGUAGAAGUUUGUGCAAGAGGGAUGGGUGGCAGUGAGCAUAAAUCCUCGCAGAUUUAUAGUGUUGUUUACUGUUAUUUUACACAAUGGAGCCUGUUUAUUUUGAGGGUUUUGCUCUUUUUAAUUACACAUUUGAGAGAGAAGUAAAGUACCAGCAGUUGUUUCGGGUAUCUCUGUUUCUGCUGGCACCAGCGUGGUAAUUUUGUCAUCCGGAUGAAUUGAGGAAAUUCUCCCUUUAAUUUUUUUGCAUCUUGCUUCUUUUUAAUGGCAAACUAACAAAUAUCUUUACCAUUGAUGAAUACUUGCAUUAUAAACACGAGUGCAGAGGAUGAGAAGUAAUAACUUUUUCAUAGGGAUGCAGAAUAUUGGAUUUUUGCUGAUAUUUUCAAACUUGUUUUGGUGGACACUUUUCCCGAUACCGACGCACACACACACACACACACCUUUUCAUCGUAAGGAAGAUCAAGUCUCUCAUGUGAUACAAUUCAUCUGUUACUAUUAUUCUGACAGUCUAUUUGCAUCAGAAACAAACUUUUUCAGUUAUCUGUCUACUGCCCGUCUUUUAUACAGUCAUGCAUGGAUUGUUUGACACUGCUGUGCAUCCUUGAUAUUGUGCAUAUUGUCGUAGAUUAAGUUCAAAACAAAAGGAAAGGACCCGGAAAGGACACAAACUUUGAAUUAACAAAAGUUCAAAAGUAAAAUAAUGAAUACAUAUUUUUUAAAACUACAAAAAUCAAGUCACCCAUGCUGUGAAAUGUUUCAGUUGUGUUUUCUGUAAUCGUAGUGUCAGCUCAGUCUGCCUUCUCAAAUAUCCAAACCACUGUGGUGGUGCAGAGCGGUCCAACCAGAUUCCUCAUGAACCUGACUGAGGAUUGGCAGUGACAUUUCCCAAGAAAGACAAUGCUGAACGUCAGUGUUGUUGCAAACUGUAAUUGACUGGCACACUAAUAUAAGUGUUUGAUCUAAUACGAGUGCGGUUACAUAAGUUUAAAGCAGCAUUGUUGUUACAUCAGGAGGUGGUUCAAUGCUAGCUGUUACAUAAUAAGUUCAGAUAGCCUAUAUUGUGCUCAUUUCAACUAUGUUCCUCAUACAAGAGAGCAGUUACAGAAUCUAACGCAGCACACGGUCUGUCCUCUUGAUCGAUCAGCCCCUCUUGUUUUGUUGUUCACACAUAAAUCAGUUUGUGAUCACAGCCCGCUGUUAAAACAACACUUUAUUAGUCUGUCACUCACAUGAAGCUCGUCUGUCAGAGGUCAACUGUGCGGUUAAAACAACCGGACCAACGGCAGCGUAAGCAUGUGUUCCUUACAUGGAUGUGGGCUUAAUAACUCUGACACCUCUCUUCGAGUUUUCACAGCUAAUGAUCAGAGAUAAAUUGGUGCAUUUGAUGGACAGAAAGCUGAGCUGUGGAGACAAGGUGUUACAGGAAUGUUCACAUGCAUUGUGAGGAAAAUAACGUACAGUACUUCCUCCAGCUGGAGGGGUCGGUACUUAAGUUUGUUAAGUUUUCCUCGUUGAAAUAAUUCCUGCAUUAAGAAAUUCAUAUUUAGUCCUCAGCUGAAAGAGUAACAGAUUCAUUUUUAUCAGCCUUGUACAUUUACUGCUUAGACCAGCAGUUAUUUCAGGCUGUUUGUUCCCUGAAUUGUUGCUCUGACACUAACAGCUGCAGGAAACACUUCAGUAUUUGAUGAGUUUGGAUCAUUUGUUGAGUAGAAAAACAGGUUUUGUACAAAAACAUAUUUGUUUAAUCCUCAGUGGAAGUUCUUUAAUCCCUUUUUUUGCUGCUGGCACUUGGACCCCUGGCAAAUAAGCCUCAGAGUUAAUUUAUGCAAGGGCCUGUCCACAUGGAUCUCAAUUACAGUAAAUGAUAUAAUAUUUGAGAGUAUGUAGAGUAUACAGACUGUGUAGUGAUUUAAGAUAACCAAAAGUAAACAAAAGCACUAACUACUGUAGAGAUGGUUCAUAUUCUGAGUCUGUUUGUCCCAGAUUAUCAUAAAUGAUGCCUUUAUGAGGCAAAAUUCAAUGAAACAGUGAGACGCCAUAUUUGUUUUUAGAGUUAUGGCACAGUGUUAAUUCUUGCCCCACUUUUAAGCUUUUACGGUACAGUUUCUGCAGGAAUACGCUUCUGUCAGAGGGACACAUGUUGAGUUAUUUUAGUUCAUUCAUGAGUAGAAGUCACGUUGACGACAAGCUUUAAAUCAGUUUUUGUCUUCAUGUGUUUCAGCGUGUGUGUUCACUAAUCUGCAAGGUAUUUCUUUCAUAUUGAGAGAGUGAGCUGUGUUGACUUGGUUGUGCUCCUAGACUUUAAACUAACACCUUUCAGAGCUGUAAACCUAACUCAGUGAAACCAUAAUGUUCACACCAUCUGAAUCUCACUCUAAAUUUUACCUCCCUUUUGAUAAAUAAAUACAGUAUAACUGGAUAAAGUGCUUAUUUGCGGUUUGGUUUAUCGGACUUUUGCACCUCAUUGAUAUGACUUCACCAGGAAACAGUCUAGUCUAAACCUCUUUAUGGCUCACCAGAGAGCUCUCCAGAUCUGAUAAAAAACACUUCCGAAACGACUCGGCUGUUUUGAACGGUUUACACAACUUUUCAAACACUAUUUUGUCUCCCACGUCGAAGUAUUACAGUCCUUCACUUUAAAGUCCUUGUUCUCUGUCUCAUGAGUCUCUCUGCACCUUUUAAGACAUUAUCGCUUUCAAAAGUUCCUCAGCUGUUUGAGUCACGGCGCAGGAAGCUUAAUGACUGUGGCGUGUUGGUAGAAACGCUAGGACACACCCAGUUUAACUCUGCUGACACGGCACACCCUGACAUUUAAAGACAAACACAUUCUUCCACCUGGUUGGAUCACUUCUGGAGGAUUAGUUGAUUACAGGUUAGACUGCAGGUAUCCCCCUUUGGCUUUUACCUGGAUGGCCUGAUGGUUUUUAUUAGUUUCUUGGAUCUCUGAAUCAAAGAUCUCCUGGUUUUAAUUGGAUUUGGUGAAAAAUAACAGUUUGAAGGCCAUACAAACCUAUUUUUUCCGAAGUGUUUCCAAUAAAAACAGUGCAGUCACUCGUGUUAAACAAUAUUCUCAAAAACAUUUCUCAGAAUGUGAGUUCAUUCAGCAUCGCAUCCUUCGUAUUCUCGUAGCACAACACAUCAUUCAUGUUUAUGAUGACUUUGGUGACAAUCCCUAUUAAUAGUUAUGUACAAGUUAAUCUGGCACCAAAUUUAGGCCACUGUGGUUUGACUGCUGUAAUGACAUGGCAAACAGACUGUACUGGUGAGAAAACGACCCAUUUUUGCAGCUUUUGUGCCCCCCAACCUGAGAGAAACCAUCUAAUUCACAAAGUGCAAUCAAAGGGUUAAACCGUGCUGCUAAAUAACUAACUGGUGCUGUUUUUGAUUUAUCACCAUUAAUUUCUCAAAGUUAUAUUCUCAGGCCUUAACGCUGAUUUGCAGAGAUGAUGGUAAAGUGGACUGAGCAGGAAACAGGCACAGAGGCUGGAUUUGAAUCAAAGCAGGACCACCCUGUUUGAGAAUGUCUUCAUGAAUUUAGUGAACAUAGACUUCCUGUCAUUGGAAAUAUGUUAAACUCAAUAGCCAUACACCCAUAAAUGGGAUUUUUUACAGUCUGCUGAGUUGGUGUAACAGUACCUCAGUAUUUAAAAGGAUGUCAUGCUCAAACACGUCCAUGCUGUGGUCAACAAUAACACCUCUGUGUGAACUAAAAUGAUUUUAUCUGUGGAUGAAGUCUGUUUUAAUUUCUUUGAAAUGACUCCUGUCAUUAUCAGGUGUUGAAUCAGUCCAGGCCGUCUAAGACAAGGAAGACCUCUGUGUGUGUUUUUUAUCUGAAUGAGGCGCUCUCACUGGGAAUAAACUUAGUUACAGAUUGUGGAAGUUUGUAUCAUAUCUGUUAUGAAUCAAUGACACUAUAACAGGUGAGAAUUAUCGCCUCCAUGUUCAGCUCAUCAUGUAUAUGUGGACAGACUUGAGGAGAGUGCUAGUGCAAGCGAACCGCAGAGGUGGGGGCUUUAUGCACUUGGAUAUCACUAGUGUCGGGCAGAUAGUCAAGGCAAAAGAUUUCAGUGCUGUGAGCAAAUAAUUUUCUCUGGUGUAACUGUCACAUCAUGGCAGCACACAGUCAUCCUCAUUGACAUCUUAACUGGAGACAUCUUCACUAUGAUUCCUCCAUCUAGAUAUAGGUCCACCACCUGGGGUCUCAUUCAGGUUGGAGGUGUCAGCACACUUUUUGAUGAUGAAACAUCUUUUCCACAUUAAAGGACAAAAUUGAUGCAAAGGAAUGUUUAUAGGCUGGUGCAGAAAUCUGUUUUGUUUUGACCUGCUUGAAUCUGACCCUCUCUUCUCUCUCUGAUUUUUCUCUUACUUCAGAGCAUCAGCGGACAGUCUUCAGUCUUCAGCCAGUCGUCCAGUCCGAUUAAGAGCCCUGAGCCCGAGGAGGUAAAGACACACACACACUGCAGCACUUUUUAUUCUCUGUGAGAGUAAAGUCAAAGCCCUCAGUGAGCUUUUUGCCUAAUGGUUUGUGGUUUGAAGGUAGAGGAAUGAAUUAUUCCUCCAUGCAGCCUGAGAAAGAAAAGGAAGGAAAAACUGCUGUGGGGGUGUGCAGUCUGUUGGCUCUGAGUAGACACACCCUUCAGCAUGAGGCAUGGACAUGGGAACAUGUUGGUGUGCGAACACAGUAGCACAUCAGGUGUCAUCUUUUAUACAACAAAACUUCCCGCUCAGCCGGGAGUUUUACUAUGAUCGCUGUGUUUGUACGUGUGUGUGUGUGCAGCUACGCCCUGCUGCCUCCACAUUCACACUCGUACAACAACACUUUGUUCGUGAUCGCAGAACCUGCAACUAUCUCAACCCUGAUGAACCAUUCAGGGCGGGUGUUGGACUGAGGUAUGUCAGAGGCCGCCGCUGUGGGCGGGUGCAUUCCUCUGAACUCAGCGUGCAGCGUCAUGUAUAUGACUGUUGUCAAAACAGGUUGGAUCAAUGAUUGAUGGAGGCUCUGACGGCGCUUUGAUGCCAUGCACCUCAGCAUUACCUGAGAAAGUGCUCCGUGUGCUUACUUUAAUGAUAGUAAUUAUUUCUCUCUUAAUAAUUUUGUGGAGUGACAGUCUGAUCUGCAGCCGAUCUUUGAAGCUAGCGUCUUUGGUGGGAAACGUUAUAAGAUCCCCUCAAGCUCAGGUGUUUACCUGAGUUUAGCUUAACAAAUUGGCAGUGAAGAUGUGCAUAAAUUAGAUUUUUAUUAGAAGCUUCUGUUCAAACUUGAUCAAUAAAAAAGUCCAUGCACUAUAGUCGAGCAAAUGCAAUGCAAAAUGAAAGAUAAUGAACCUCUAACUGCAGCAAUACAGAUUCGAGAGCAGCAGAGGUCAAUUUAGUGUCACUGACAAAUGUGAAGUGGAGAAAUAAUCUUCACAGCACUUCAUCUGUAAAGGGCUGAUGAAUGCACCUCUGUUCAAAAACUACAGCUGCACAUCAUCCUACGUGUUGUGUGUCUCUCAGCUCUGCCUCCGUCACACCUGCAGCUGUUUUGCUGUAGCUGCUACUGCUAGUUAGAGCCGGGAUGUUUCUAUAGACAGGAGAUUGCAGCACAUUGAAAAACAGCUGAUAUUCUCAAACACGUGUAUUGUUGCAGAACAUCCUUUGCCAUAUCUGAUAUGCUUGAAAUGUCAAUGUCCCACUUGUUGCACUUCUUAAUGCAAUCAUCAUUUUCUUUCCCUAAAGCUUUGCCACUCUCGGUAUGAUCCUCCUCUUACAACGUUGUUCGUGUUGCAUCAGCGCAGCAGGUCCUGGAAGAUUAAAGUAUUUUGUUGCUUUUGGGAACUAUAGAGUGAAACUUGAGAACAAGAAAUGCAUUUUUACAGUUAAAAAAACCCUUUAAUGCCAAGUUUGAACAUGUAUCUUUGAUCAUAUUUCAGCCAAUUAUUUUUCAUGGCGUUAUCUUGGACCAGAAUGAAGAUCAGGGACUAAUCCCAUUAUGUGGAUCCAGUAAUCUUUCCUCCUCUCCAUCGUUGUCCUUGGAUAACAUGCAGAGGUGCAGUCUCAUAAUUACGCUUCAUUUUCCAUCUUUGUAUCACAUGUGCGUGCUUGAGUCUGUGCUGCCUGUUUUUGCUCAAACAUGCCUGGUGUCAGCCUUUUCUUUUCAGCAUAAUUAAGGCGGUCGGGCUUCAAACAGUCGUCAGUUUGUGGCCCUUUUUUCUGAACAAUGGUUUUUCUACAGCAUUUUUUGUAGAGGGCAAGUUUGACAAAAGUGGUUGUCAGGGAGAAACAUGCACCACACCCGUCCAUGUUUUUGUAUAGGAAUGGAGAGUGGGAGUUCCUCAGUAUGCUGCUAAUUUUGAUCUAAUUUCAUUGUCUGAAUCCUAGAACAACACAGAGGGUUAGUGAUCCUUUAGUCCUGUCCUGGAAACUUGUGCUCCUUCUGUAGAUUUUAGUCAAAGUUUCUUGUCUGCCUUGGUGGUAAAAAUAGUGAAGAAAAUAUGUGUGCAGAGACGGCUAAAGCUCUAUCUUCUGUCUGGGAGGUUUCUGUUUGAUAAAAGACAGACACUCGGGCUGCUGGGGGAAGAAAAUCUUGAUUAUUGGUCUGUAAAGUGAGGACAGAGUCAGUUUUGUUUACAUUACACUCUGAAGGAAUACUUUUCAGCUUAGAAAGGCCUCAGUUUGAUCUAUGAGCAACGGUCCGUUUAGCAAUCAAAUCAAAAAUUAGUCAAAGCAAGAUUGGAGAACCUGAUCCUGCCUGUGGUUUUACUGUAAUGGUGAAACCACACCAAGAUUGAUGGAAAACAUGUUGUCAUAUGUUGCCAAAACCAACACAAUGUGGAUGACUAACGGUUGAUGCAGAGGAAGGCGUGUCAAGCAUACAAAACCAAAAACUGGUUUUUGGUAGUUGAGUCCUGUCUCAGUGUGUCACCGUAGUUUGGAGUUGUAGUCCAGUCUGGACGAACGUGUUUUCUGUAAAGCUGAAAAUAUAAAACAAUGUACUGAGCCGCACCAAAGCUGUAUGCUGCUACUUUUAUACUUCUUAUUUUUACUCUCCAUUAGUUACUCUACAUUACACGAGUACUCACAAAGUGUGGACCAUGUGUAAUCUGCAGACUGAUAGAGUUAGGACUAGUUUCACUGUUUAUUAAAGCACUGGCCCCUGUUCAAACUAAUACGAAUGUGAACGUGUGAAUCUGUCUUCAUCAUUAUCAUUACGGGUUCUGCAGAGUCUGCAGAAGUCCGUCAGUUCACCACACAGGUGUUAAUGGACAAAGAAUUAACACAGACAGCUUUGCUUGUUAGUGAUAAACAUGUGUUGCACUUUUUCUCACUUUUAGCAGGAAAAGUUUUGUAUCAAGAACUAAAUAAGGAGUAGGUAUCAUGCAUGUAUGACUCCCCGUUAACCCUUGAAUCUAAGCUGAGGCAGAAGUGCUAAAAACAGCAGUUCCCUCCCUGAGUGUCCACUCGAGGCAGGCUGCAGAAGCACCGUAAACACACACACACACAUACGAAACAAACAAACAAAAAAAAAGCAAAAACAUGUUUACAGGUCUGAAAGAUAAAUCCGCUGAGUUGACUGACAGCCGGCACACUGUAAGGCCUACCUUAAUGUUAGGUUUGCUGAAUCUGGUUCCUGCAGAGGUAUGACCCCCUAUAGAUCACUUCUUUGUGUGACUCUCCUAUGUAAAAUAGAGUGUCUCUGCCUGUAUACUCUCCUGUAUUAUAGGUGUUUGUACGGCUGAUAAAGGAUGUCUUGUGUCAUAGGAUUGUUAAACCCUCUGGCUCAUGAUUUGUUGUGUUCGUCGCUAUAUAAAGAUAAAGAUCCCGUCUUGAAUGUUUCUGAUCAGAGAAGGAAAAGCUGUGAAACGAGUUUAAGAAAGUUCCUCCUUCGUCACGGUGUCUUGGAUCUCUUCACACAGAUGAGGGGAUCCUCUGAACUGUCUUUAACUUCAACAGAUUAGCUAACUGAUCCGUGACACGCCAUCAGAGCUCGUCAGUCAGUCAGUCAGUCAGUCAGUCAGUCUUCAGGAAUAGGUCGAAACGCUCCCGAUGGUUCGGUCUUAAGCUUUGCCUGCAGCUCUGGGCUGAAAAGUCUUACAUGCCUGUGCAGGCUGAAGAAAAAAAAACUGUAUAUAUUAGAUAUGAAGGUUUUGAUAAUCUGGAGGGGCAAAGUUAAGAUUUCACAUGCUUCAAAUGCAAACAAAUGGAGGCUCGGACUCAUUGAUUUUGAUUGCCGCCAUGUUUUUUCCUGACUUUGUGGGUGCAUCAUGUUGUAGAAGACCACGACUGCACCCUCUUCAGUUUAUUUUGCUAUCAAACCAAAGGUUCCAUUUUUUUUGUCAGUUAAUAACCUUUCAGUAUUUAGCACUUAUGCUGUCCCACUCAGACAUAAACACACAAAUCUGCCUACUAUCGCUCCUCUCCAAGAGCAAAGGCAUGGCGAGCUUUCAACCUGUUGCUCAAUCUUAUUUCCUCCUUUAUUACCCAGAGUAACAGGAGCAGGAACGAACCUCUUGAUCUCUGACAUUGUAUAAACAGUUACCUCAGAGGAGGUCAGAGGUUAAAACGUCAGUAGUGCUCUGUAACGAGAGGGGCUGAGUGAAGAGCGAGCAGCUUUUCCUCAGUGAGGCUUAUUGAAGGUUAUUGGCUCUCAUGUUUGCUUCUGUGUGUGCAGACGGAUCCUGUCACCGUUUAGCCGUAAGACUUUAUCAGCUUUUCAAGCACAGCGAGAGAAACUCUGCUGGGUUUGAACCCACAUGAAACAGAUUUAAGGAUUUAGAGAGUCUGACAAACCGUGUCUGGCAGGUAAACUUUAGUACUGCUGUAAAAUAGUUUCAGUCUGUGCUCUGCGGCUGAAGAGGCUUUUCUCAGCUCUGUGGGGUAUGUGAAGUAUUCACUCAUAAUUACAGGACAGUGAGGGAGGGUGACACGUGCUGGUGAGGCAGAAAUGCUGAGCAGUACGUCAUAUUUUCAGUGUUUACCACGAGGAAAUCAGUGUCAAGAUGUUCAUUAACUGUGCAGAAACAGCAGCUUUCUCUUUCCCAUCCCAUCUUCAACCACGAGUGAAACACUUCACAGCUUUUAUCAAGUUACAGUCGAGAGGAAGAGCUUCCUUUUACAGGCAGAAACCUCAAGCAGAACCAGACUGAUGUUGGACAGUCAUCUGCUAGGAUUGAGCUGGUUUAAAGAGAGAGAUGGACAGAGGAGAGUUUGAUUGCUGGAUGGUCCCGCAGCAAUCCAGAGGAACCUACGGCAUGAUGGAGCUCGGGGACUCCCAGAAAAGACUGUCUAAUGAGAUGUGAUGAUUCAAAGUUAAUGACACAGACAGAAAGAGGAUAGAGUGGUUAUUAGUGCAUAUGUAUAUUUUAAGGACCAUGUUCGGGCUUUCUGCUCUUAUUUUGAAAAUAUAUCUUGAGACAGAUGUGAACAGCGAAUUGGGAAGGACAUGCACCACCAGCUCCUGCCAGGAUCACAGCUUCUGUACGUCCUCUUCAUCAGCUGAGCAAACAAAUACGGAGUAACCCACCUCUCACUCUCGAGCUGACCGGUGAAGAUGACAAUGUAGCAUGAAUUAUGAUUAGUAUAUAAAAGUGCAACCUUGAAAACUUUGGUAGUCAUUUCAGCUUCCUCCUAUCUCACAUCUGAGCGCCGUCUGUUUCACCAUCUGCUGCUGGUUCACUUAUUCUAUAUUUCAGGCUGAGCUGUAACUUUGUGGUUUCUUCCCGCAUAUAUCUGCUUUCUUUCAGGGUAAUCAGAGUACGUUUUAGUUGUUGAUUUUUUGUGUUUUUUUAUUGUGAAAGUUUUGCCUGACAGUGCCAAACUCCGCUGCUAUUUGGCUUCACACCAGCUUCAGUCUUUCCUCAUUUUUAAACCGCUCGUUUACCAAUCUGCUGCCAGUCACUCCUCUGACCUGUCAGCGUGUCUAUCAGUUGAUUUAGAGUCAGGGAGAGCGGUUCCCACACAUAUUUAUCCUUCAAACUCCUCCGUUUAUUUAUAACUGGGUGAGUCACUUUAGCAGCGUGUGUAAUCAUAUGAAGAAGAAAAAUACAAAGUUAUGACACCAGGAACGAAAAAGUGAAGAAAACCCCGACUGGAAUUUACUCUGAUGAUGAUGAGUGACUCAAAGUUUCACCUCUGGAGACAUUUCUUAAGGCUGCAAAGAGAGUUUGAUCUGUAGGAGGAUAAGACCUUUCACUUUCUAACCCAGAGUCAGAUCUGAAACAGCUCCUGGAUCCUGAUGGGUAACAGACUCCAGUCAUGGUGCCUGUCAGGUUAGCUUAGCAUUAAAAACGUCUGAGUGAAAACCUGAUUUCCAACAACUUUGCAGCUCAUGUCUUACUUUCAUAAGAUGUACAAAGUUAUAUUUCCUGAAUCUGAGUUGUUGGUGCGAUGUCUCUGUUUGUCAGAAACUUCUGGUUCACCUCCAGCUGGUAAUGACUACUGAAGCGGCUUGGCUUGGCUUCUCUUAUCUCCUUCGUCUUCUCUGUAACACAAGAAAAUACUAAUCCGCUGCAUGUUCAGACACAUGAUGUCAACGCUCUGUUGUUCUCAUCACUGUUUAUUGACUUUAAUCACUUCAGCAGACAGCUUGAUGCUGAGUUUUGUCUGUCAGGAGUUUCAGACACACCCAGCAGAGGUUAAGUUUCUAUUUACUUUAUAAUUGUACCCGAGUAUUACUACAGGAGCUUAAGGUAACAUGAAGAAGACAAACACACCACGUGUGUGAGGGUUUUCAUCAGGCUCUGUGCUUUUUGUUCUCUCGUCUCAAACAUCAAGUGUGUUUAUGUUUGGGAUUAUGUGUGCUGUUUGCUCUACAGAACCAGAUCUUCAGACUUUCAUUCUGGACAGUGCUGCACAGUAGAAACCUUUAGAUGGCUCGUUUGGAUCUUAAACUGGAGGAAAAUACAGAGAAGGUUUCAAAACAAAAGCUGUAAAUGAUGCAUCAAAUCUAUUCAAUCUCUGGAGUUAUUAUUUCUGAUGUUUCCUCCAUGUUGUUUGCAUGGGCUGAUCAGGUGGCAAAUGAGUUUCCCCACUGCUGAUCAAUUAAACUUUCUAAUCUAAUCUAAUCUAAUCUAAUCUAAUCUAAUCUGAUCUAAUCUAAUCUAAUCUAAUCUAAUCUAAUCACUCAGGAAGUUCUAUUGUGGCCAAUUUCCCAUUUAUUUUCAAUAGAAAUUUCGGCAGAUUCAAACAGGGGUUUGCAGACAGAAUCUACAUGUUGUUUAAAUUUGGAUUUAUUACAUCAGCUCGACUAAACUGGACUUUAAAUAUACAUUAGAGUUCAUUGUGACCAUGCAUGAUAAACAAUGUCAAGACAGUUUGUCCUUUCCGUAGAUUAAUGUCCUUUCUCGUUUGACUGUCAUCUGUGCAUGUUUACAGGUGUUCCAGGUGGUCGAUUGUUACAGCGCUGUGCCCUUCUCAAAAACUGCAGCCAUAACCCUGGCUACUACAAGGUUGCUGUGCUGCAGCUAAGACAGACUUAGCCUCUACGUUUUUUUCCGGCCUCAUUACAGAGUACACAAAGUGGGCUCAUGUCAGCAUCAGUUCAGUUUGCAGCCACACAGAUGCAUGAAACUUUCUCACCUUGUUUGCAAAAGUGUGCCACAGUUUGUUUGUUCGAGUCUGAGAUGGUUGCCGAUGAUUCGGCCAAAUGCUGAAACCUAAACUGUGAGGCUGUUUCUCCUUGCUCUCUGCUUUUCUAUUAUCUUGAUUUUACUUUUAGCUUUAUGGAUGAAUAAAAACCCAGAGAUAUCAACAUCCUUGUUGUGGUCAGGACUAAAUCACACCGCGUUUGAAUCAGCGGGAUGGCGAUGUUUAUCGGUGAGCGCAAACAAAGAGCCUGUGUGGUAAAGUGACUCUUCUGUCUUCAAUAACAACCUCUAGUGUUACGCGGCCACAAAGAGUCCUGAGAACCCGGGUCACACACUGACCUACAUCCCACACAGAGACACACACACACACACACGCACACACAUUAGCCCAAGAGGCUAAGAGGUGAUGUGAUGACGUCUUCGGUGUAAAUAUUGGGUUACUUUCCUUUUCUCACAGCCUGCAGAAUUGAAACGAGUUUGUCUGGUUUCUGAUCCGGAUCGAGGGAUAUCUGCUUGAAUUUAGGACAGGAAUUUGCGACCUUAUGACCUGAUUUAACAAGAUCAGAUGUACCUGCUUCAAUGGGACUUCAUGUUUUGCCAAAUUCGUCGUGGGUUAGACCUCCAGGCAGGGAGAAGAAAAGACACGUGUUUGGACUUUUCUGUGCAGCUCUGCAGGUUUCAGAUGUCAGAUGAAAGACGUUAACUUCAAACAGGACAUGGACAUGAACAGAGGGUUAUUCAUGGUUACAUAAGCUGUUACAGUUUUUCAAUGGCAGGUACCAGUCAUGAGGCAGAUAUCUCCCUGUGUGUAGAAACAUGUUUCAGACCGAUCUUGAAGUAGUACUUGUACAGUACUUGUUAUGCAACAAAUUUGUUCUGGUGAUUUUUCAGCUCUCAGAUGUUUCUGGGUCAGUUGGCCUACAAAGACACAAACAAACAAACACAUGUACACACCGUAUGAAGCACACAGCCCUGGAGCAACCUGCUAACCCAUUGUCACCGAGCUGUUGUUUCUGCGGCAGUGUGAGCUCGGGUUUGCAGAGGGUCUCAGGAAUUUAACAUCUGCAGGUCAGAGCUGACCUCGGGACUUUUAGUGAUCCUGACAAAGAACUACAGCUCCUUCACCAACAACAACAACUUAGGAAAAUACUCAGUCAUAUAGUCCAAAACAAGGUUUUUAGCUGACAUCCUACAACCUGAAUGCACCGUACAGAUGAUAGAUGCUUCAUCAUUAUUAACUAAUACAAUGCAUAACAUUUUGCCAAACUGUACAAGCAAUCAUUUAACCACAGGUGGAGAGAGGUUGUAUCUCUUGGCUAAUUAAAAAUGGCAUAAUUAUGAAGUAUGACUCUAUGUUUUUGACCUGCAAACAACAAAAAAAACAAAUGGAUGUUUCUAUGGUGAAGUGUGGAGUCUCAUUUUUCACAUUUUAGCACCGAUAUUUAACAUUUCUGCUGAAUAUUCGAUUCUAGUCUGAUUCACAGUUUGAUUUUUACAUGCUGCUUGCCUGAUUUGCUUGCCUGAACUAGCUCCAGUGCUUCUCUAAACUAUUGUUGCAGGAGCUUCACGGCAUAAAACUCCACGGCUGAUAUUUAAAGUACUCGAUGAAUGUCAUUGUGUAAACAGCAGCUCAUCGACACGUCUGCUGAUAACAGGUCAGUCGCCUGCAGUCCAGCCAUGUCCGCCGGCCUCUCCCUCUCUGUGCAGGAAUGAGCAGCAUGUGUACGUAACAGCCACAACCCUGCAGCACGUUCGGACACACCCACCUCCACAUGAUCACAUAUGUUCUCCUCUUAUCCUCACGGCUUCACUCCUCAGUCGUCUUUGGCUCCAACUCAUUAUCUAAGACCGUAAAAUGUGGUGAAAGGACCAACCUUUGACUCAGCUUUGAACUUUGAGGUCUGUACGGUCAUAAACUCACCUGCUGGUUCAGAUUUGCCUUUCAAAGCUGCCAGACGAGGUUUGACUUCAGUUUACAACCUGCUCUGUGAGAUACCUGAGUUAUGUGUCAUUUAGGAUAGUUGAUGGAGAGCCAAGCCUUAAUCAAACACUCUGAGAUCUGCUGUGAUAAAGCCACAGGUGUGUGUUUUAUAGUGGAGUCAAACACGCUUAGUAUUUUGAAAACAGAUACGAGAGAGGAAAAUUUCACACAUUGGUUAUUUGGCAGCUGAUGCAGUGAGUAAUUUGGCUUGAAUGAAACUUUUGUUUUGUGGAUUAUAAACGAUCAUCAGCCUGAUCUGAUUUAUAGCGGACUUUACCUGGUCUGUGUCAGAAGGUUAGCUGUUUCGCAUCUUCCUUUUUCCAAAUCCCCCACAGAGAUCCUCAGUGAGGUUCAGGUCAGGAUGUUUGCAGGCUGGUCAAGAACAGUAAUAUCACGAUCAACUAAUCAGGUGCCAAGUUCUGCUGGAGAAGGAAACCUGGACUUCAUAAAACACAGCAGACCAACAGACUGUGGAAACUUCACACUGAACUUCAAGAAAUCUGUCUGAUCUUCUUUGAUGUAAAAUAGACUUUUUUCUUUGGCUUACUCGGCGAUAGUCUGGUUCUUUUAGUCCUUAGCCCGACUGAGAUGUUUCUGACGUUGUGUCUGGUCCAGAGUUGACUUGAUAUUAGAAAUGUGACAGUUUUAGUCCAGAUCCUGGACUCAUGCGUGUGUGGUGGCUCUGAGAGCUCUGACUCCAGCUUCAGUCCGAAGCCCCCCUAAGUUGUAUCUUCUGCUUUGUUUGACAGUCGUCUCAAUUAUCAAAGUUCAACAGAGAGAAGCGUUUUCACUUUCUUGGUUAAUAGAAAGAAAAUAUCGAACUUUUUCACAAUAGUUAUAUUUAUUAAAAUGCACCUUAACAUUCACACCAAUAUUAAUAUAUCUGCAGUGCAUCAAUAACAGCAGGGGUCCCAGGCAUUGCAAACAUGACACUGAUGUGCCCAAAUUCUCAAGUCAAUAUUUGAACAAUAUACUCACGAUAAAUAUGGAUUAUAGUUUGAAGGGAUUAUAAUGUGGCCUUUAGGUUCUCAAGAAUUUGGGUUCCUACAUGGCUGUGGUGGGAUAUGUUGGACUUGGUGAAAUUCAGCAUUGAUGUCAAACUUGCAGUUUUCCAGCCUCUUUAAACUCCUCUCUCUCUGCCUUUGUUUAUCUUCCAGUCUGUGGAAUUUCCUUAAACUAUUAUUCUAAUGAAGACAAUACCAGAGCUACCCAGACAUUCAUAUUUGAUACUCCCAAAUCGUUGUUUUGCCUUUCUCCAGGCUUGUCUGUGUAGGUGGGUGGUGGUAACAAGAACUGCAAAAUGCUGUGGUAUUUAUGCGGUAUUUAGAUGUUUAUUUUUUUAAUGACUGAAACUGAAUUUCUCUCGAAACCUGAGCCGUUUGGAUGAGAUGUCGACACUUUCAGCGAAGUGUUGACACAACCCUGUAUCAGCAUUCAAUCAUUCAGUGUUAUAAACUUAAAUGCCAAAAUCUGGAAGCUGUAGCCACACAUGGUUGGAUACUAGUGUGAGGCUAGUUUUGAGGAGAGUGUGCAUGUUGAUGCAGACAAACAUAAAUCUUGGCAACUGUCUUAAUUCCAGUAAAAUAUUACAUGCAAAAUCAAGGCCUGACUUGUCAAGUUAGUUUAGUACAACAUUUAACUUACCUUGUUGGGUGGUUGAAUUCAGAAUACUGCAGGUCCUGAUGGCUCUCCAGUGGCACUCUUGUGUAAACCUAACCUUGCGGGAAAUUUGGCUUCUCAUUGUCCCCCAGGUUCAUGAGGAAUGUAGCUGAACCGCUUUAUGCAACCAGGGUUUGGAAAUUCAAGGUGGCAUGACAUUAUUUCGGGGAAAAAGACUCAGAUUGAAACUUGCGAGGACUUGAUUCAUUCAGGAAGUCUUGCCAAAUCAUUCCUGUAAGGUGAGACACACGACAAGAUAAUCAGGCCAGUUUGUGGUCUGAUUCCCUCUUCUCACCAAACUCUGUGAAAGCUAACUUUGCAUUACACAAUUACAAUUUACUUACAUAAUUAUGACUUUAUAUUUGUAAGAGGCUCAUUUACUGGAAGGAGAAAUCUUUGGGAGUAAGGGACAAGGUUGAUAACAGCACCAUAAGAUAUGACAGACGUGACUCUGUAAUGGAAAUCACUGCAUGAUGAAAAAAUCUGAUGCAAAACAUCCUGAAACUGAACCAUUUAAAGGGAAAACCAUUUAAAGACAUGUUUGUAAAAUGCAGGCGACUUCUCUGAACUACUGCUGAUUUGAGAUGGACUGUAGAAAAGUGAUAGACCUUAAUGUGUUCCACCAAAUCAAAAAUUGACCUUCUUUUUGGGAAUCUUGGACGCCACAUUUACUAGUCUGAAGAUGAAAGGGAUCAUCUGGGUUGUUAAUCAACCACGGUUCGAGGGAACGUGUGACAUGGGCAUUUAACACGACUGAAAUAGCACUAUUAGCGUUGAAUUUAAAGAGGUCUUGGAGUAACAUCUGCUGCUGUUAAAACAACAUUUUCAUCAAAGAAGGCCUUACAUAAUAAACUACACUCUGCACAUAUUAAAACAGCGUUGCUCUGUAGUGAAAGAGUCCUGAUACUUUUUAGAUCUGGUAUUUGGUACGUUGUUUUUGCACGAUUGAUUGGCAGACUGUCAGCAUCUCUUAUUAUCAACGUGUAAACUCAGCAAACCAAAUCUUAUUGGAUUUCUUAAUUAUACUUUCAUUUUAAAUUUCACGGUUGAAAAGUCACUUUUGACCUGAUAUACCCUUAACAAGCCCUUAUCCACACCAGCCUUUGUAAAGUCAAGUUUUCCUUCCCCUAUUGACUCAUUACAUCUCAUUAGUUAGCCCUUAUUACUCUCAGAACGAGUCCAUCAACCCUCUUUAUGUUGUAUAGCAUUUGGAGGGAAAAGUAGGCAGGUAGAGACGAGAAACCUGGAGAGGCCCCGGGGCCUUAAACAGAUGCACACCCUGUUAGGAAAACAGCUCCACCCUAAAUAGAUAAAUUCUAUAACUUAAGGAGGGAGGGUGACAUCGGGCUGGAUGAUUUAACAAAAGCAAACAAGCCUGUCUAUACCUUUAAAAUCCACCUCAGAUUAAGUCACCUGUUUCUUCCAGAUUAAAUCAGUCUGUGGCUCUGAUGGUCUGGUGGGCGUUACUGGAAAAGUGCUUUUGAAAAACUGGUUGAGUUACUGCAAGAGAGGGAUGAUAAAUAAUGCCAAAGUGGACCGCCAGUCUGUCAUGUUCUUGUUAAGAAAACAAACAGCCUGACGGACAAGUGUUUGCACACAGUGAAAGUGCUCUCUCUCUCUCUCUCUCUCUCUCUCUCUCUGGAAAGCUCAGCUACAGUCCUGGCAUCAGAUAACAGCUUAUGCAACACUUGUUUGACUUCACUCUGCAGCUACACGCAGAUAAAAGCAGGUGGUGGGCGUGUUCGAUCACACGUGUGGAUGCUCAUGGUCAGGAUUGUUGAGGGAGUUCCUGGGAAUUCAGACUUUGUCAAUGAGCCUCUCGGAGGUGAUUUAUCAGCAUGUUCUCGUGAGCUUACAUGGUUUAGAUGAAAGUUUGUUGAUGUUUAACCGCAUAUUAUCCUCGACUUUUGGUGUUUUGAUUUAUUCAUUCAUUUGUGUGCAAUUUGGGAAGAGUUUUAGUCCCUCAUGCAAACACACAUGUGCAAACUUUAAACUUACAAAAUGUGAAUUUGAAUUAAUUCUUUACCUCAUUAAAGUUUCAUUUCCGCAUUUGAGUUGGCUUUAUAUGGGGCCCUGUUAGCGUAGUGGUCUAAGUGUGCGCCCUCAUGUAUGAAGGCUAAAGUCCUGAUUUAAGUGGCUGCUGGCUCAACUCUCCUUGCUGCACGUCUUCCCCCUUUUGCCAUGCUCCACAUGUCCCAUUUUUCUGCAGCUGUCCUGCCUUAUAAAGGAAAAAUACCCCCUAAAUAGUAAAAAAAUUGAUUCACAAAAGUGUAGCGAUUUUUUGUUUUACAAUUUUUAAAUAGAUUUUUAUGUUCAAAAAUCUUUUUUUUUUUAAAUUUAAGAAUAAAUCUUAAAAACUGACUUAAAUGUGAUGUGUAUUUUUGGGGGAAAUGUGGUUCCUGGAACAAUCAGUAGACAAUCAUAAUCAGUCAGCUGUUUCAGGGGUGUUAAAAAUGCAGACUGAAUAUUUAGAAAAUCGACAAUAUCGCAGAAUCGCAAUAUAAAUCGAAUUGGUAUCCAAAAAAUUGUAGAAGAAUCGAAUCAGGAGAAAAGCUUAUUGUCCUAGCUCAACUAAAUAGUGACUUAAGCAUGAAUAACAGUAAAACAGAGGGAAAUACUUUGACGAGUGCCUUUUCUUUUGGGGUCGGGUAUUUACCAUAUUGUUAACAGAAACUGCCCCUCAUGAAAGAACAAAUUUCAUUGUUUGAUCUCCACUUUGAGGAUACAAAUACGAUCCAUAAUUAGAUAUCAGAGACAGUGGUUGAAAGUCAUUCUCUGUUCUGUCUCUUCAGGAGGAAGAGGAGGAAGUUUUAGAAGAGGAGGAGGAAGACGAAGAGGUGGUGGAGGUGGAAGAAGUGGAGAUUGUCAAUGUGGUCCAAACCAGUGCCACCAGGCCUCCACCAGCUGUAGAGAAGAUCUCCAGGACGGAGGUGAAGACAGAGGUGAGGACAGAGCCACCCAAGAUGGACACACGGUACUUCGGCGAGCUGCUGGCUGAAGUCUACAGGAAGAACUGCGACAUCCACUCCUGCAUCUCCGAGCACGUGGCCAAGAUCAGAGGACAGUAAGUGCAUCAGCAUCUUUGACAUGGAUGUUUCUGCUCACAGUGGCAGAGCAUAUUCAUCCAGUCUGUUGCAUGGAAACGAUGUUUACGUUCAUGCAAAAUGGUGAAAAUGUUCAAGUAUGUUUCUGCAAAUACAAAAGUCAUGAUUGUCAUUCACAGUUUGCUUUUACUGUCUUCGAGUACAGAUGAGUAGAUUUCUAGAAAACAGCUGGAGGACACUGUAAUAAAGCUGGAUGGUUCAGGUUCAGCAGCUUUUAUAAGUAUCCUGAGCGGCAUGCUGGGACAGGCAGAAGAAGAGUUAUGGUCGGUUUCUUUUCAUCGUAACAUCCGUGAGGCACCGUCGUAGAAAUUUACAGCUUCUGACAGGUGCUCAACACUAAACUCCAUCUUCUCAACCAGAUGGUCAGUGGCAUGAACUUCUUCACUGAAUGGAUGACCCGCAAAAAGUCUCCAGAUCUUACAAAACUUCAGUGUUGCAUUGCAUCACUAUAAUACUCAUACCUUUACAAAUCAGCUGAUGGGGCUGUGUGUCAACUCCAAUAACAGAGACAGAGCAGCAAAGAUUACACACAUGCAGCGCUCUGCAAAGGUGCUAAACACAGAGACAGAGUCUUACCUUGUUCUUCCUCGUGGUGCGCCUCCUUCCACGUGAACUCUGGUUCUCAUUGAAUAAUAUUUAAUGGAUAAGGGGUGAGAUUAAAUAAGUAUUACUUCUUCCCACUCCUUUAUGGAUUUGUACUUCAUAGUUCUCAUUUUCAUUGUAAUAACAUAUAUUUUUUCAUAUUUGUCAGUUUUUUAUUGCAUUAAGUCUGCCCACUAUUGUAUGAUUACAAUAGUUAUAUAUUUUAUUUUAAUUUUUUAAAUUGUUAUUAUUCUUUUAUAUGCACAAAAUAAAUAAACAAACUCUUAUUGAUCCAAAAUUCUGUUUCCAGGAUAUUCAGAGAGGAAACAAAUAACAAAUCAUUCAUGAACCUUUUUGGUUGUUUUUCCUCCAUUUACAACAAUAAACUCCUCACUUGUGGUAGAUCAUGCAAGAAAAAGUAAAAUCUAGAAAUAUCAAUAUUAAUUAUAUCAAUCACCCAGUUUUUAUUUAUAAACCACUGAAGAAGAGCAGGUCUAGACCUAGGCUUAUUGUUUGAUGAAUUACAGAGACCUAAACUUGAGAUGGGACAGAUUUGACCCGUCUCAUCUAACAUGAGUGACAGUGGCAUAGAAACUUCAUUUUAACAGGCAGAAACCUCGAGAAAAAUCAUAGAAAUGUAAAACUCAUGAUCUACUUUCAUGAGGCGUUGACCCUCCUCUACUUUCAGCACGGUUAUGUCAUCCCUCGUUGCUAAAGUGAGCAGAGUUUCUGCACAGUGGGGUCUCUUUAUAGGAGGCUGAAUUUACAUGACAAAAAAACAUUUUUUACAUUUUUAUAUUUGAUUUAUUGACCUCAGUAUAGACUCAGAGCAGAGCCUCAAAUUCACUUCAUGCUAAAGUAAAUGCUUUGUCAUCGUAAACCUGAAGGAGGAGUUCAGAAAAACUUUGUUUACGUUCUGCAGCAGAUAACAGAUCAAUAAAUCUUCAUGAGGACUGAAAGAAAGAUUUAUGUUGCUGUCAGGAGAAACUGAAAGUUAUGUAGCUUAUCGAGCUCAUAAAUCUCAGAAACUUGGGGACCAAGAACCAGUUCCAGCUUAAAUCCAGUUCUUGAUACCCGAACUGACUCCUUUGCUCCUCCACUUGUUUGAUUCCUACUUUCAGCUCAUUUGAGAGAAGAAUCAAACCAGUGGAGGUCCGUGUUUUGCAAAACUGUGAUGCCAUCCAGUAAAUACAGAGUUUGUCUUUUGUUAGAUGAAACCACACCUGUGGUAGUUUUAUCAUGAAUGUUUUGAGGGAUGUGUCCCAGCGCUUUAGAAAGAGUGUAACUGGAGGAUAGAGGGGAAAAGACCAUGAAGCACUUUUCUCUCCUCAUACUCCGAAGUUUUAACCUCGAUAUAAAACCUGUAGGUGGGAAACUAGUCAGGUGAUUUCGAGCAGCCAAUGAGAGCGAGGUCCUAUCAGAGCUGCUGUUUCAUUCAUGAGGUGUCAUUUUAAAUGAUGAGUGUGCGAGAGAGGAUUAACCACAAAAUCUCUUUCAAACUUUUAACCUCUCUGUGAACCGGCGAUGAUAUACGAGUCUCCAAACCGCCCUCAGCACACACGUACACCUGUGAAAGGACCCGUCUAUAUCAAACCAUAAAACCUUAUCUAAUAACUUUCUGUCUGAACAAAGUGGUGAAUGAACACAGACGUCUGGGAGUUUCAAACUCUGUUUCCUGUAAGACUCAGUAAAACAGUCUGAGUUUUGUUCUCUGUGCAAACACACACUCUGACACUUUCUUUCUUCUCUUCCCUCCCUUUUACACCCACACCUUUAGUCUCUUGAGUCAUGCCUCCGACUUCAUUGUUUGACUUUCCUCUCUGUGUGUUACAGGAAACACCAGCUGGACCCCAGCAAUGACUACAAGGUGAGAAAAACAGGGCUGUCCAACACAUCUGCUAAAUGCACAUUAAACCAACCAUAAAUAAAUCCAGUGAACACUCAAUCCUGAACGUUUCGAUGAUUUCUGACUCUCUUGGUUGUUUGAUUCUCGUCUGGUUACCUGCACUCUGCACAGUUUGGCAUAAAGCCCAUACGCUGCCUUAUUUGUUCUCAUUUUAAUGAAUCGAACGUUUCCUUGAAACAAAUCAAAGUAAAAAUGAUCAAUCUGUGUUUGUGCUCAGGUAGAGAAAGAGGAGGUGGAGGCUUUGCUUCCUAAAGGAGCCACUGAACUGACCAAACAACAGAUCCGCUACCUGCUACAGGUGAGUCACAAAGACUGAGAGAUCCCCACAUUUACACUCACGUUUAUCUAAGCAAUAAAGCCAUUAACUGUGAUAGCAUUAUUGAUGCUGCAGCUCCAGUAAAAUAGACCUUAAAAGUGACCAAAUGCCAAAAGAAAAGCUGUGAUUUGACUUUUCUUUUUAGCAACAGUUUAAACAGUAACGCGUUUCCCCUUCUAUUGUUGUUGUUACUGAGUAUUUUUCUGUGUUUGUGUCUUUCACAGACCCGCCUGACUGCAGAUAAGAGCAUGCGUCUGCUGCUGUCCACCUUCAGCAGCCUGAGAGAGGAACUGCUGCACAUGUCUGAAGAUCUGCGGGUUAGAGACAAACAGCCUUUAACUUCAUACUUCAAAUGAAUUUCAGAACUUUUCACCAGAUGUUUAGAUUUUGUACUCGGAGCUGGUAUAUUUGUGAUUAUACUCUCACAUCAUGACAGCGUUCAUUUAUUGUAAAAGCGAUAUAGAUCUCUCUCCAAGUCUAAUUCCUAAACAUCUACUUAAAGUCUAUCUUUGCAAAAACAACCACACACAUCAUGCAGUGGAAUUAAUAUAUGAACCUAAUCUUUUGUAGAGAAACACGAGACGUUUUCCGGAUAUUUUGAGGGUUAAUAGCAACAGUUUCUGGUAAACAUCACCAUCAGCCGUGCAGAAAAGCAUGCAUGUGUGUGGGUGGUAUCAUGGAUUUAAUGUGAACAUAGAGAUCUCGGUCGUAGCAGCAGUUGAUAUCAGGUGAGACUGAGAACAGCGUGUCCUCACAACCUUAACUACAAAGUCAACAGACUCCUCUUCCCACAGCCGUGUGAGCUAAUAAACGCUUAAAUUACUGCAGACAUUCACAGACAAUAACAAGUUGUUAUUGCGAGUGUUAAUAUGAUGAGGUGGAGCUGGUUUUAAUUGUGGACGUGCAUUCCUGAACAGACAGUGAAACAAACAGAAAUCUCUAUCAUGUGAUCAGAUUUGAAUAUCAGAGGUACAAACAUCUACUGCAGAAAUUAUUGACGUUUGAGGUAUGACCGUAGUUUUUCUGUGGUUUCAGCGUCUGGAGAGCGAGAAGGAGGCUUUAGAGAGAGACUUGAGCUUCAAAGCAGACCAGGCCAAACAGUAUGACUGCCUCCUGGAGGCUGUGAGAGAAAACAACAGACAGCUCCAGGUAUGCUACAUUUGUGCGAUAUCAUAUUUAGUUUGUUGAAAUCUGAUCUUUAAAGUUUGCGUUUGUGUCCCUGCGUCCGUCACCAGCUGUCUCUGAAGGAAACCAGCGCCGCCCAUCGCUCUCUGGAGGGUCAGCUCCAGAGCAACAAAAACACAGACUCCAACCGCGAGUUCAAAGUCAAAGAGCUGGAGGGACGGCUGAGAGCUCUGGAGAAGGAGAAUGAGAUGCUCAGACAGAAGGUACGAGCACCAUGCGCAGAUGCAAGAGGAGGCGAGGCUUUGGUGUUUAGGAAGUAAUCGUCUUACGGUGAAAAUGUUGGGAUGAACCGACCCCGUCAAUCCUCAUAAAAGGCUUAAAGGAAAGAUUUGGUUCUCACUUUUCUCUGUUUGUCUGACCUUCAGCUCGCAGGUCAGGCCAGCAGCGCCUCCCUGCAGGUCAAGACGGAGGAGUUAUCCCGUCAGUACAAGGAUCAGCUGGACGCCAUGAGGAACGAGAAAGAUCAGGAGAUUCAGAGGCUGCGGGUGAGGACUUUGCGUUCAGACGUUUACAUUUAAUUAGCUGAAACACUCCGAGCGCGGUGACGUAUCUCAUCUUCACUCGACUAAUGUGUUUGUUAUCUUAAGAUGUUUAUGUUUGCCCUCAGGUGAAACUGUAAUGACUCCUAAUCUGCGGCCAUCAUCAGUACAGAUUUAAUCAAUGCAGCACUUUGAUUUAUUGCCAAGUCUGCAGCAGUCAUAAAUGCCCCAUCAGGUUCAGAUCCAAGUUCAGGUGCUUCACGUUUUAAUGACGUGCCGGUGAUAAACAAUAUCUCUGAUGAGCACCUGCAUGUUUACUCCUGUCAGUUUGCUUUUAUAAACAUACCUCUAUUGUCCCUCAUCUCUCUCCGUCCUCCUUCCAGACCCAGAUAACAAAGAUCCAGACGGAGAUCACCACCGUGCAGUCCUCCUCCUCAGACCAGAGUCUGCAGCUGAAAAUCUCAGAGCUGCUCGCCCUGUUGGAGAAGCGACAGACCACCAUCACACGCCAGGAGGAGGUCUGAGACACAACACUCUCUCAAUUCAUGUUAUUACCCAGCUUAAUUACUCAAUUCUGAUUGGUCGAAACCCUUUGACAACAAGAGGCAAAAAAAAAAAAAAAUCAGGAAUGGUCUAAUAACAGUUCGGGAUUGGUGUUUAAUGGCAGACCUGUAAGAAGUAGAGUGAAGAUGACAAGAAGUGUUAAAACAGCGCAGAAACUUACAAGAAACAGAGAAACUAGAGAGACAUCCAGCAAAGUGAAGAAAACAGAAACAAAACAGCUGUUUCUGUUGUUUUGUGGGCUGAUGUUGAGAUUUUAUUACAAACUUUACAUCAGUGUUAAUUCAAUCCAUGAAUUGGCUGAUAGAUAAGAUAAGAAGAACUUUAUUAAUCCCCAAAGGGAAAUUCAAUAUGCUGUUGCCAUGGAAACUAAGGAUGCACAAACUGUGAAAAGUAGAGCUGAUACUGAUGUCUACACACUUUUUCUUCUUCUCCAAAUAGUCGUCAGUCAGGUAUCAAGAAGAGUUAACUGCAGCAGGUUUGAGGCUAAGGUCACAGUUUAUUAUACCUGAGGCUGUGAUGAAUAAGAGUUACGCAGGUUUUAUUACAGGAAGUAAUAAUAGGAAUGUUUGUGUGGUCAAACAUGCAGAAAAAAAGUGACUUACCUGCAGAAAAGUGUGUAAAUCAUGCAAACCAAUACACACACACAAACACACACCAGGCCUGUGAGCCGAUCCGUUUCCCCAUCACACUGAGAAGUUUUCACUCUUCAGGUCCGACUGCAUUCACACGGGUUUGUUUUUUUUUGUGCAGCGAACUCUCAGUUAACAUCAGCUCAGGAAUGUUUCUGUCACCUCGGGCUGCUGGUACAACAAACCUUCACUUCACUUUCUCACACAUACAGACAAACACACACACCUGCACACACACACACACACACACACACAGACAUGCAGGUGCAAACAGCUUUCGUUCGAGCUCAUGACAUAAUAUUACCAAUAUUACCUGAAGCAGCUAUGUGGAAAAUUCACUGUAAAGACAACCCCACACUGUUAGACUUUCAGAAAUGACAGAAGGAACGACGAACCUUCACGGUUAAUGCCAGCGAAUAGAAAGCGGCAGUUAUAUCACAGACCGUCUCUUACAUGCUGUACCGUCUGAGUGUCUUAUCCUGCUGAGGGUUGACCUUUGACCUCUUGUGCCCCGCAGGAGAUCAAGAGGCUCAUGCAGGAGAGAAGCGACAGCUCCAAGAACGUCACCAAGACCAUCAUCACCAAGAGGUGCAGCAUUACACACACUUCUCCACCUUGUGUUACUGUGGUUCACACACCGUUACAGACCUUCAGAUAGACCCUCACUGUUCAUUCAUUAUCUACCUGAAACGCUUCGUUUUGAUGCUUCUCUGCUGAUGGAAAGUCAGACCAAAGUAAUGGGUGUUACUUUUUACACAGCUUUAUCGCUACAGAGUAAACCCCCUUUACAGGAAACAUCUGAGCCCAGCUUAGCGCCCCAAACGUCCCAAAGAUUCUUUCCACCUUCGCUUAUAAGGAGAGAAAAUAGCCGUGACUUUACUUACAAGCAUCUUCAUGAGACAUACUGAUCGACAAAAUACAGAGUAGACGAAUAAAACGAGAGGUGAAAUGACUUUCCAGAGAGGAGUAUUUCCUUUCUGAUAAAUUUGAAAUCCCAUUUUAUCGUUUUAGCCUGAUGAGUUUUCCCAAUCAUUAGAAAUCUGUGCGUUUCACAGGAGCUGCAUUUACAAACCGAACAUCUCCUCAUCUCUCUUCUGUGUGGUCCGCUUUUUUUCUUUUUUGAACAUUUAUGCGCACAGGUACAGAAACCAGUACCCCAUCCUCGGUCUGCUGAGUGACGACUACAGAGUCACCUCUCCCAUCAAAGAAGACAAGACCAUCGUCAUCGAGAGAGGAGAGAUUAUCAAACAGGUAAGACAAACAGGCGAGGGUUUCUAAACUCUACAUGCCUCAGUCUGAAUAAAAGCACCAAACUCCUGAGUGUGAGGUGAACACGCUCAGGAGACCUGCUCAUAAAUCACGUUUGUCAUGUUGAACCUCAGACAUUUAUCACUGCAGCUGUGAGAGCGCUCUGUGUUUGUUCUCGUGGAUCAUUCUGAAAAAUCUGCCGACUCUGAGGCUCUGUGUUAGAUUUUAUUCCUCCUGACUGAUACCACAGACGACCUUCACAGAGCCGUACCAGAUUUAACACCCGCAUAAUGAAGGGUGGGGUCCAGAGGUUAAAGGUUGGACUCUGAGGAAGAGGCUGUUUUCAGAUCGAUAUUUUCUAACUCCUGAAUGUUUUUGCUUUAAAGUAUUUAACAUGAGUUAUCCACCGGUUUCACUGUUUCAAUUUGAUCCGCAUCCUUGUACAAGAGUUAUAGUCAGACGAAGUGGCGCCACCUUGUGGAAAGAUGCUUUUAAACCUGUUUUUUUUCUAUGCAUUCUCAAUGCAAUCAGCUGUUUCAGGAGUUACGCACAGAUUUUGAUGAUUUUACUGCAUUUGUGUUGAUCCUACAGGAUAAAAUGAACUUUUAAUCAUCCAAGCUGAUUUUUUUCAAUAACAAGAGUGUAAACUUUGUAAUGAUAUCACUUCACAAGGACCUUUUUGACAUGACCUGAAACUAAACUCUUCUUUAAAAAAAUACCUCAAAGAGUUGGAAUUACCCAUUUUCUUAUGGACAGUAAAUGAAGUACGCAUGCUUUGAUCGGUGUAAAACUGCCAAUGAUCAGUUUGUGUAUUUGUCUUUGUGUGUAAACCUCUAACCCAACUUCUUUUGAGCUGUCAGCUUUAAAACAUGAUUACAGAGCAGUUCAGGUCCAAAGUGACGGGUUAAUCUGCUUCUGACACAUUUUACUUUAUAAUAACUCCGUUUUCAAAUCGAAGUAACACACACUGUAUAUCAAAGAAAAUUCAGAUACACCAGAGGCCUACAGUCGUCACAAAAAGCAGCAGAAUUAACAAAACUGAAACUCCUAAAUGUGUCAAUGUUAACCUUUGAGAAAUGAGACGAAACAUCAUAUUUGAAGCUCUUUCCUUCCUGUGAGUCUCAGACCAGAAUGCAGGAGCUUUGGUUCACAAAUUAAGACACUUCUUAGAGUCGCCUCAGUGAGUUAAUAUGGACAAAAUAAUGGAAUUUAAGAAUGCAAAUGAAAACGCUGUUGCAGUUACUGAAAUUCUGUUAUUGACUUUGAUACUGACUUUGAAAAUGAUAGUUUGACAGCCCGAACUUUAACCCAUAUUUAACAUCUGUCCUCUGUGUUUCAAUAAACCAUUUGACCAAAAAUAUGUAAAAAAAAAAAAAAAACAGAGUUUUUCCAAACUAACUCCUCACUUUGUCGUUAUAAUGUUGUUGUUUUUUAAAGUGCGACGCCUCCAUCCUGCUCUUUGACUCUAAAUCUGUGAACAAAGUCUAACACUUGCACCUGUGUUUUCUUUAAAACAGGAAAUCAUACUAAGCCCUUAAAGACACACUGCUUCUCUCCGACAGGAAUGAUUGAACGUCGAGAAGACCCAGACGCCCCCCCUACCCCCUUACCCCCGCAUGCUCCUCCCCCUCCCCUCCCUCAUCCUCAGGGCUCCCAUGGGUUGGUGGUGGUUGAUGAACUCCCCCUCUCCCCCCCUAAAUUUGGGUUUAUUUUGGUUUGACCAAAUUAAGCUUAAUUUGGGUGACAUUUUGAUUUGAUCCUUUUUUUUUUUAAAGUAACAAAUAACAAAUAAUCAAAGAUAAAAUUUGUCAGAGUGUGCAACACUGUGUGGAUUGUGAAAUGGAUCAAGGUGGCAAUCAUGACAGCUGAGAGCUGGGCGAGUUUCAGCUGUUUUAUCCUGAAAUCUGAUUUCAGUUGUUUCAAAAGUCUUUAAAACUGACUAACUCACGCUGAUAUAACCCUAAAGCAAAAGUUAUUUAAUUAAAGAAAUAAACACCAACUCUGUUAUCCAUAUGUUUAUUUAUAUAUUACUGACAUCAAUCUUUACAUUAUCAUUAUUUAAUGAUCGUUUUCUCCCUUAGCACUUAUUUUUAGCUACCUUUCUGCCCCUCGAAUCGUCUUUAAAAGAGAAAAAUGUGCAAUCCUCUAUAAAGUUUGAAAUCUGGUAUUUACAUGCUGGUUAGUUUCACUGAAAUGAUUGUUUUUAGGAGAAAAACCGUAAUAGAUUAAAAUAACAUUAUAGGAGUUUUUCGCUGGUUAUGAAACAGUAAAUUUGUUUUUCCCUCUGAGUGACUCAAAACUAUCAGCAAACAGAUCAGGAGCGUCCAGUCGAACAUUCAUUUUCAAUGCUUGAAACCAUCAGACAAAGUUGAGUCACAGCAUGCUGCAAAAACGGCCUUUAUUUACGUUUGAAAUUGUAUGACGGGAAAGAGUUUUGCAGGAUAUCUUGGAGGAUGGGAUUGAUUAUCAGCCGACUUACUUUUAGUUUGAAGAGUUAAGGCGUCCCGAUGCUCCAGUAUCGCUCCGCUUAAAGCUAAAAUAGCACUCUAACGUGAACUGGAGUCCAGCAGUGGGGUCUCAGGUUCGGUGAUUUGCUAUAAUACAGAUCCAAAUGUUUGCGAAACAGCCCCGCCUCAGCUUCCAGUUGUCACUCGUGCACGUUCAUACACAAUGAGUGUCAUCUGGCAUGUAGCAUGUCCUCAAAGCCACCACAGCUAUGAAAGCCCCGGGGUCGAGGAAGUGGACGUGAUGCUUUGAUUGCUACUCUGCAUGUAAAUAUUUAAAUAAAUAUAUAUAUAUUUUGAAGAGCAGGAGGGGUCUGCUCAGUGUGAGCGUAGAGCAGCCCCCUCCUGAGGAACAUUUGAGAAAUGUUCUGAUUGGGUAGUUUGCUUGGCUUUGUUUGUGUUAUUUUGUUUUUUGUCCACUUCGCUAUUGUGUUUUAUUUUGUGGUUUUGAUUUCUUUGUUUGACUCAGAGGUGCAUGGGUAUAAGCUGAUCACAUGUGUUUGUAGAUGACAGUGGGAUCGGGGUCACUGCUG